AGGGGCGGAGCUCGUGCCGUUAGGCCUGCUGUGGGAGAAGCUCCAAGAUGGCGGCAAUGUAAACAAGAUCCGGCGAUUUUCGAUCAAAGCCGUCUCUUUGGCAGACCCAGGUGUGCAGUUCGGGAAAGAUGAGCCCGACCGACGAUUUGCUCAGAAAGAAGCGCCCUCGAGUGUGGCGGCGUUCCUUUCCCAACUCUGAAGCAUGCUUUGUGCCGGAGAACCCAUUGGCUAGUUUUUUGCUGCUGAAAUCUUCAUAAGAUAACGUCUGUGCCACCUACUAUAAUCUGUAGCUAUUGUUCUUCAUUCAGUGUAUUUAUAGGAUUAGAAACAUCCUGGAUUUCUAAACUGAGAUGUGGAGUGGUCUACUACCUCCUGGUGUGAAUGAAGCUGAUGUUGCCAUAAGUUCAGAUGAUGAUGAAACUGUGUCCCUUCCCAAUCUUAUCUUAAAUGAAAAAAGAGAAGAAAAGGAAUUCCUAGGCAAACAGACUAGUGAUCAUGAGGAAAAAAAUAUAGCUGAAAACCAACUUCCUUCUGCAGAAGAACAGGAAUGUCUGGCAUGCCCUCCUGGAAUUUCCUUAGAUAUGUGGAAUAAAUUUCAGAACCUACAAAAGAAAAACCUUGAGAUGAAAAAUCAAGAAAAAUGUCAGACAGUUAAGCGACGAAAGAGAAAGCAUUCCCGAAAAGGUGAAAUGAAAAAGAAAAACAGUGAAGAAAUAACUGAAAGCCAACAAUCCACAAAGGAAAGCCACUUAAAAGAGCUCACUCAAUAUUUUGGAAUCAAUGAUAGGUUUAAACCACUUGCAAGCAAGGAAACCACUCCAAAGUCUGGCCUUGAAAGCAGCAUAGACAAAUGUUUAGCUGAAGGUAAUAUUUCUCAAGCUGAGGAAUUAAGUGAUAGAUUAGCUACCCGAGAGCUUGGUGUGAAAAUUGCCAAAGCUGUCGCUUGCCGAAAUUUUGUGAAAACAAAGCAAGAUGCAGAGGCUACUCAAGAGGCCCAAAAGAACAAAAAACUUGCAUGGGGUUUUGAAGCCAAGAAAAGAUGGGAAACAAAAAGCAACAUGGGAUACAUGUAGUUAGUUCUGCCUAGAAAGGCUGAAAAAUUGUAAAGUGGAGAAAAAGGUUUGUUAAUGUAGAUGAUGCAUAAAUUACACUUUUAUUUGUUUUUAUUUUGCAUUAUUUCUGCUGCUGGAUGAGUCAUAGAAUAAUUAGUUUCUCUUCCAUAUGUUACUAUAUUUCAGGUAUUCAGCCUUCAACCUUUUAAAUGUUUCUAUCUUAUUCAUUACACAAGUCUUCAAGUUGUAAAAUAUUUUAUCAAAAAUUAUUAAAAUUAAAAAUAUGCCAGCUUUAUUCAAUUGUUUUUAAUACUAAUAAAUUAUCUUA